UAGGUUUCGCGGGACUUGUGUAUUGCGCAUGCGCUGUAUCUUGAGUUUGGCGCGCGAGAUUCCACAAGGAAGACUACAGCAGAGCGGUGUUGUUAAUCCYUUUUGAUACAUUUUAAAGUGUUGUGUGCGUUUUUAAUAAGUCCAGUUUGUGCUGCCAACAUGUGGAAUCAGGGAGGAAAUGAGUCUGGAGUGGCCGGAGGAUACACUCAGUCUCCUGGUGGAUUUGCAUCGCCUACUGCAUCCCAGGGAGGAGAGAAGAAAGUCGGGAGAACACGUGCCACGCAGAUUAUCCCUUGCACCGUGUCUCAGCUGAUGUCYGCCUCUCAAGCUGAUGAAGCCUUCAGAGUGGGAGAUGUGGAGGUUUCCCAGGUCACCAUUGUCGGUAUCAUCAGAACCACUGACAAAUCCAUGACCAAUAUCCAGUACAAGGUUGAUGACAUGACUGGUGCUCCUAUGGAUGUGAAGCAGUGGGUAGACACUGAGGACCCGAGUGUGGACAGCGCUUUGCUGCCUCCAGGAGCGUAUGUCAAAGUCUCAGGAAAUCUGCGCUCUUUCCAGAACCACAGAUCUAUUGUGGCUUUCAGCGUCCGGCCUCUGGAGGACAUGAAUGAAAUCACCUCACACAUGUUGGAGGUUGUCCAGGCCCACAUGGACCUCUCAAAACCUCAAAGCACGACAGUUGCUGUUGGAGGAACGAGCAGUAACCAAUCACCCAUGUCUCGUUCCACCUCAGCUGUAACAGCAGGGAACAAUCCCAGUGCGAUAUUUAAUGGGUUAAGUGCAACCCAGAAUCAAGUGCUGAGUUUGAUAAGAAGCUGCCUGGACCCACAGGGUAUCAGCAUUCAGGAAAUAAAGCAGAGAUUCGGUGGCAUCAGUCUUACUGUAAUCAAGCAAGCAGUGGAAUUCCUGAGCAAUGAGGGUCACAUCUUUUCCACCAUCGAUGAAGACCACUACAGAUCAACAGACGGUGAUGACUAGUCAUUUGUAGCACCUGUAAGAUUGCUUAUUUGAAUAAAAGAUGACAAAAUUAUGAGUUCAUAACUCAGCCAAGUCUAAAUGUGUGACUUAAAUGCUGAAGAACUCAAUUAAAUCUCAUGAGUUCUUAACAUUAAGAUAUUAUGACCAGUGUUGAAAAACACAAGGUUCAGUGGGACUUCUGGUUUCUACAUCCUGUGUUCACUAAGGUCACUUCUGUUAUGAACAUUUGUAAAGUUUCCUGCUUAUGUUUUGCUAAAAAUUAAUUUCAUAACUCUUUGUAUUUCUC